AUGCGGGAUGUUAUGUACUGGUUGUUGGACGUGAUGGGUGCGACUAUUGCUUCCAGUAUAGUGUACACGAGGGGGAUCAAGGUGGAGACUCGAGUGAAGAUCAGAGAGAGGCAUCUGAGUUGGGUUCCACCGCACGCCAAGUUUGGCUACCGCCGUCGGGCGUUCCGGUUCAUGGUCGGCAGCAAGGCAGAGGUGGACUGGACGAGCGCCAGGCGUGGCUGA